AUGGUGAAAGAUACCAAAUACUAUGAUAUUCUUGGUGUCAAAUCAGAUGCAAGCGACAGCGAGUUGAAAAAAGCCUACCGAAAAUUGGCGUUGAAAUUCCAUCCAGACAAAAAAUCCCGAGGGAGCCGAACAAUUCAAGCAAAUCUCACAAGCCUACGAAGUAUUGUCAGAUGAGGGAAAACGGAAAAUCUACGAUCAAGGUGGAGAAGAAGCGCUUCAAGGCGGCGGUGGAGGCGGUGGUGAAGGUUUCCACAAUCCAUUCGAUAUGUUCGAUAUGUUCUUUGGUGGAGGCGGAAGACGAGGACGAGGUGGAGAGAGACGGGUCAAACCAACGGUUCAUCAAAUGCGCGUGCCAAUGACGAGUUUGUACACAGGAACAACUAAGAAGUUAAAGAUUUCACGAACAGUUAAAUGCAAAAUUUGUGAAGGUAGAGGUGGAGCAGAAGGAGCGGCUAAAGAAUGCAAAACUUGUGAUGGAAGAGGUGUUGUUAUUCGAACUGUUAGAAUGGGUCCAAUGGUACAACAAAUGCAAUCACAUUGUCCAUCUUGUGAAGGAGAAGGAAGUGUGAUUCCAGAAAAAGAUAUUUGUAAAGGAUGUCGCGGUAAAAAGAUGGUCAAAGACGAGGAAAUCAUCGAAAUCCAUAUCAAACCAGGAACCAAAGAUGGCGAAAAAAUCUCAUUUGAAGAAAAAGGAGAUGAAGUUAUUGGUAUUAGCAAAGCUGGUGACGUCAUUAUCGUUAUUGAUGAGAUCGAACAUCAGACUUUCACAAGAAUGGGCGAUAAUUUGUGUGUGAUUCAUGAGAUUUCAGUAGCUGAUGCGCUUUGCGGUUUUGUUCGGGUCAUUCAAACUCUUGACAAUCGGCCGAUAUAUUAUCGUGUUUUGCCGGGAGAAGUUAUUGCACACGGUUCCAAAAAGGUGAUUUUUGUUGAGAAAAUCCCGCCAAAUUUCUUACCUGAUAGAAAAAAUGAGAAAUGCUCGAACACAUUUCUUUUUUUCAAAUACUGUUUUAAAUAGAGCACGUUUAAAAUUGUUAUUAAACAAAAAGAAUUGAGCAUUUCUAAAUUUUAAAAUAAUAUUUACAAACAUCCAAUAUUUUAAAAAAUCAAUAUUUUUCAGGUGAUUCACGGCGAAGGUAUGCCAAUGCACCGUCAUCCAUCAGACAAAGGAGAUUUGAUUAUUGAAUUCAAAGUUGAUUUCCCAUCCAAAUUGAGUCCUGAUGUUUGCCGGAAAAUUGCUGAUUUAUUGCCUGGAAAAAGUAAGUUUUUCUGAUUUUCUAUUUUUCCCAAGAACAAGAAAUUUACACUCUUAUUCAAUAUGAAAAUUGGUAGUCCCUGAAAUUUUUGGACCAAAUCAGUAACCUAUAAUUAUUGAAUUUUUAAUUAUUUUUCUCAUUUCGAAUUAGUAUAACUCUCAAGGGAUCAGUCUAAAUAAGUUUAUUUAUCAAAACAAAAUUUAUUUCUAGAACAAGUUUGAGGAAUAUCGAUUGGGAAUUAUACCAAUUAGAAUUCGGGCGCCGAUUUUUGAGCACCGCAAAAUUGAAAAAAAAAACUAGAGCUGAAAUUCCAAAUAAAAUUUGAAAUUUUUCGCAAAAAACAUGGUAUUAUACAAUUUUUAAAAAUCAAAUACGAUGAAAUUUUCAUGAGCCAUUUUCAGAAAAUGGUUACCUGACAUCUUGAAAAUUGAAUUUUUCACAAAAAAAUCCAAGUUCCAAUUUUUGCAGGCGAAGAAAUCAUUGACGACGAAGCAGAUGAAGUCGAAUUGACCGCUUUGGAUCCAAACGCAUCUCGCAGACAACGCGGAAUGCACGGAGGACAUGAAGACGGACAUCCGGGUCAACAAAAUGUUCAGUGUCAACAAUUCUAG